GACGCGGCGGGCGCGAGUCCUGAGCACCUAGGCGACGACCCAGUGGCACCGCGACUGGCUCAGGGGCCUAGUGUCGUGUGCGCUGCGGGCCUCGAGCCGCCGCUUGCUCAGAGUCUGGGCGUUUCUGCGUGAGCGGCAGAGGAUGGGGCGGGACUUCCGCGUCGCCAUUGCCCUCUUCACUUCGCGGUGGGUGGGUUGCUUGGCAGGUGGCCGCUGGGACCCGGAGAUGCGGGCGGGGAAGUGCCGGGACCGUCACCGCAUCGCCGCACGCACUUGCCCCCCUCCGCUAAUGGCUCCUUCUUCCUGAGCCUCGGUUUCCCCAGAUGUAGAACGGAAGCAGCGAGCCACCACACACCGCCUUCGUCCCGCGGCCCCGGGAUGCAGCUCCCAGUCCUUCGGUGCAUUCCAUACUGGGGAAGACUGAGGCCCUUAGUGUGGCCGUCAGCCCGCGGCCACCCCGGGCAGUGCGGGUCUGGGGGUUUGGUUGAGCCCUCGCUGUUUGUCGCUGUCGCCGCCUCGCACGGUCCCGCCCAACCCGCAGACUGAGCAGGCCAGCAGCGUCGCUGAUGGACCCGGGGCAGGGGAUAAGGUCUGGAAGGGUGUCCCAAGCACAGGGACCAGCAUGUGCAAGUUUCUUGGAGCCCAUCUGUUGGCCCCCUGGCUUAGCUGUCUCGUCAUCACAGAGCCCAGUGACCUUUGAAGAUGUGGCUGUGUAUUUUUCCAAGGAGGAGUGGGGGCUUCUUGAUGCAAGCCAGAGGCACCUGUACCACAAUGUGAUGCUGGAGAACUUUGAGCUCAUGACCUCACUUGGUUGUUGGCAUGGAGUGGAAGAUGAGGGGGCCCAUUCCAAGCAGAAUACUUCUGUAGAAGGGAUGUCACAGGUCAGGAUCCCCAGUGCAAACCCUUCCACCCAGAAGGCUGACACCUGUGCUAUGUGUGGCCCAUUCUUGAAAGACAUUUUGCACCUGAAUGAACAUCAGAGAAUAUAUCCUGAGGAGACCCUCUACACAUGUGGAACAUGUGGAAGAGAAUUUUGGUUCAGUGCAAACCUUCGCCAGCACCAGAAGGAGCUCAGUGGAGAAAAGCCCUUCAGAUGGGACAAGGACGAGGAUUCAUUUGUGGAAAAUCUUACAGUCCGCCUAUCAGAGAAGCUCUUCACUUGUGGGGAAGGUGGUAAGGAUGCCUUGGACAGCCAUGACCUCUUCCAGCACCCAGCCAUUGACAGCAGCAGGAAGCCACAAAGGAGCACAGAGUGCAGGGAGACCUUUUCACACAGCUCUAAUCUUGAGCAGCUCACAAAAGUCCAUACCACACAGAAGCUAUUUAAGUGCAGCAACUGUGGAAAAGCCUUUCAGAAGACCUCCAGCCUCCUCAACCACCUGAGAACUCACUCUAAAGAGACACCCUUUAGAUGCCCAACAGUUGGAAAUUCCUUAGAGGAGAAAUCAACCCUUGUUAAUCUCCAAAGAUGUCAUGAUCGAGAAACAUGCCAUGUGUGUAAAGCAUGUGGGAAGACCUUCACUCACCCUUCUAAACUGAGGAAGCACCAGAAAUUUCACACUGGAGUAAAACAUUAUGAGUGCAGUGAUUGUCGGAAAACCUUCAACCACAAACUCACGCUUGUUCAUCACCAGAGAAUUCACACAGGAGAAAGGCCUUAUGAGUGCAGUGAAUGCGGGAAAGCUUUUAAUAACAGGUCACACCUCACUCGGCAUGAGAAAGUUCACACUGGAGAAAGACCUUUUGAGUGCAGCAAAUGUGGAAGAGCCUUCAGCCAAAGCUCCAAUUUCCUUCGGCACCAGAAAGUUCACACUCAAGUGAGACCUUAUGAGUGCAAUCAAUGUGGUAAAGCCUUCAGCCGCAGCUCUGCCCUCAUUCAGCACUGGAGAGUUCACACUGGAGAAAGGCCUUAUGAGUGCAGUAAGUGUGGAAGAGCUUUUAACAAUAACUCCAACCUUGCUCAGCACCAGAAAGUUCACACUGGAGAACGGCCUUUUGAGUGCAGUGAAUGUGGAAGAGACUUCAGCCAAAGCUCCCACCUCCUUCGACAUCAGAAAGUUCACACUGGAGAACGGCCUUUUGAGUGCACCGAAUGUGGGAAAGCCUUCGGCAAUAGCUCCACCCUCAUUCAGCACCAGAAAGUACAUACUGGGCAAAGGCCUUAUGAAUGCAGUGAAUGUAGAAAGGCCUUCAGCCGCAGCUCCAGCCUGAUUCAGCACUGGAGAAUUCAUACCGGGGAAAGGCCUUAUGAGUGCAGUGAAUGUGGGAAAGCCUUUGCACACAGUUCCAGUCUCAUUGAGCACUGGAGAGUUCACACAAGAGAAAGGCCUUAUGAGUGCAGUGAAUGCGGGAAAUUCUUUAGCCAGAACUCCAUUCUCAUUAAACAUCAGAAGGUUCACACUGGAGAAAGACCUUAUGAGUGCAGCGAAUGUGGGAAAUUCUUUAGCCGGAAGUCCAGCCUUGUUUAUCACUGGAGAGUUCACACUGGAGAAAGGCCUUAUGAAUGCAGUGAAUGUGGGAGAGCCUUUAGCAAUAACUCUCACCUGGUUCGUCACCAGAGAGUUCACACACAAGAAAGGCCCUAUGAGUGCAGCCAAUGUGGGAAAGCCUUUAGUGAAAGAUCUACACUUGUUCGACACCAGAUAGUUCACACCAGAGAAAGGACUUACGAGUGUGACCACUGUGGGAAAAUCUUCAGCCGCCUCUGCAAUCUUGCUCAGCAUAAAAGGAUUCAUACCUGAAUGUAGCCUUAUAGAGAUGGUCCUUCUGAGAAGAUCUUCAGCCAAGUCAAACUUCAUGCAGAAUACCCACAGAGAAGUUACCUGAAUGUACCACUAGUGUGGAGAAGGCUUCAGAAGGUGGUCUGCCCUUUCUGAGCAGCCCAGGGCUGAGCUCUCUCCCCUCUGGAGCAUAAAGCCCUUUCCAGCCUGCCUGGAUCCAAAUAUUUUCAGCAGUCAUCUACAUAUGUAGGGAGAAAACAGCUCCUUGUGCCUCCCUUCCCCUUUCCUGGAGGGAAACAGGAUUGUCCUGGGCCCACUAGAAUGGCUUAAUUCCCAUUGCCUCUUAAAUGGUUAGGAAGUGAACUAACCCCAUGCUGGUCAAGGGGCCUUGCGGGAUGUCCAGUUUGGGCUUCUCAGAUACACGUUCCUCAUGGAUGUUGUCUUGUCUGCAUGUAACCCCAAUUAUGUAUCCAAUGAGCUCACACAUCACCCUCCCCUGGAACCACUUAUCUUGGUGUUCUCUAUUCUGCAUGAUAAUAAAGACCUUAGUAAUCAA